UGGCAUUCUCCUUGCUCUCUUGGGUGGGGCUCUGCCAGCAGCCCCUCCCGCGUGUUGCCUCACCCCCACAAGUGUGUGGGACUUGAUGCUGCAGCAGGGGGAGGAGGUCGUGGCCAGAUGCAUCCUUGGGAAGCACCAUGAAUGAGGCAGGAGGACCUGGUGGGGUGGGUUUGGAAGUCUGAGAGCCUGGGAUCAGCCCCAGGAUUUGGCGGCCACGAGACUGUCCAGUUCCCGUGCUGUGCCUGUCUCUUCGCUGGCGCGUGCCCACCUCAUAGAGCACAGACCACGUGAGUUAGGCUCUGGGAGCAGUGCUGGCGUGCCACAUGCACCCGCCAAGUGAUGUCUAGACCCCACACGGGGGCUGCAGCAGGAGCGAUGGCUGCAGAGCGUUGAGUGGCUGUGUGGGGAGAUGCACAGGCAGGAAGUGAGGUGGGGAGCUCGGCUGAGGGCUGUACAGAGGCACCUCGUAGGGUGCCCAAGCCGCCGGGCCUGCUCCACACGGGGCUGAGGAGGGGCCACCACACGCGGGGCUUUGGUAAGUGCCUGUUCUGGCCUCCACCCUGGUCAGGUCCCCAGACCCCUUGGUGCCCUCCUGGGAGCAGCUGAGGGUUGGGGUCUGGGAGGACCAGGUUAGCCAUCCCAGACCCUCUUACGAGCUAAGCCCACUCUCCCUGGGUCUGGGCAGACUGGCCCCCGUCUCUAGAGACACCCUACCCCAGCAGCUCUGCUAAGAUCCCAGGAGGAAGACCAUGAUCUGAUGGCAGGGUCAGUUGGAGGGGAGGGGUGGAGAGCCAAGGAGAAGUGGGGUGGGGGCAGUCAGGAUAAAGCAACCUCUCCCUGCCUGCUGACCCCUCCCCUGCCUUUCCAGCCCCUCAGGGGACAAAGCUUAGCAGUGGAUGGUUAGGGGGACAUCACCUGAGACAGUGGCCUGUGCCUCAGAGGGCCAAGGGUGUGACCUUAGGACCUCCCUGGGUUCCAAGUUUAGGCUACGGUGACCACAGCAGGCCCUUGGCCUGCUCACAACUCCCCUGCCCCUCCUCACCGGCCACGCUCAGCUACCGUUUGGGUCAUCCUCACCCACUCAGGUACUCGUGGGGCCAAGCAGAGCACACCUCCUUCCAUGUCACGGGGAGCCCCCCUUCAGAGGUGGGAAGGUAGCUGCUAGGGCCUGGACUCCAUGCUUCUGUAGGAAGGAGGGGCUGUGGAGCCUGGGGUUUCCUGUGUGCUGAGUCAGAGUGCCCCAGGGGGAGGAGACUGCCCAGCAGCUUGAGGUGCAGCAGGGGGGCUGCCAGGAAGCGGGUGCAGAGGCAGCGGGCCAGGCCCCAGGGCGGUGUGAUGCCAGCGGAAGCGUCACUGCUGAGACGACACCACUUCUGCACCCUCAGCAAGUCGGACACCAGACUGCACGAGCUGCACCAGGGCCCUGGCGGCUGCAGAGCUCUGCGGCCUGCCAGCAUGGAUAUCCUGCACCCACAAUGGCUGGAGGUGUCCAGAGGCACCAGCAGGCUUAUGGCAGCCUCCUCACACCGGGAACUGCACCAGGCAAUGCCUGUUGCCACCUCACCCUCCAUCUGCCCCGAGGCCACUUACUCCAAUGUGGGGCUGGCUGCAAUCCCCAGGGCCAGCCUGGCAGUCAGCCCUGUGGUGUGGGCAGGGGCACAGCUAACCAGCAGCUGUACCAGGCCUGGGCCUGAGGCCAGACCUGAGGUGGCUGCGUAUGCUUGUAUCCAGAAGCUCAAGGAAACAGAUCAGGGCCCCCAAAGCCUGGGGCAGGGGAAGGCCGAGCUGACCCCAGCUGUUCAGGUGGACAUCCUGUACUCCAGAGUCAGGAAGCCUAAAAAGAGGGACCCAGGACCUACCACAGACCAGUUGGACCUCAAGGGCAGGGGAGUAAUUGCGCCUCUGGGAAGUGACCAGUCCUAUGAGACCCUCCCACUCAGGGGCCUGGGGAAGGAUGAUGGCCUCCUGGAAAAUGUGUAUGAGAGUAUCCAGGAGAUGCCCCUUCCCCCCAGCACCUGGAGCCCUCCUGCUCUAGCUGUUAGCAUGAGUGCACCUAUGCAGGCUUCCCCAGCCUCAACCUAGGGAAGGGUCUCCAACUCCCCAUCUGUGUCGAACAACCAAGUACAGAGUUCCUCCUUCCAGAGUAGUGCCCAGCCCCCAUUCCCUAUCCCCGCCCCUAAGUUGGCCGCACAAAGUCCAGAUCCCAAGGCUUCCAGCCUGUGAGGUCCCUGGGGGUCCUGGCUGCCAUGGCCUCCUAGCCUCUCCCUCCCAAGGUCUUAAUAAAUCCCCAGCACAGGGAGGAUGGGUACA